AUGGCGCCCGUAUACAGAGUAGCCGUGAUACAGAUGUGGCCUAAGCCAAUGGCCCUGGAUCGCAACUUCAAAGUGGCCUGUGACUUCAUCCGAGCAGCCGCGAAGCAAGGCGCAGAAUUAGCAGUCCUUCCGGAAUACCAUCUCCUCAAUUGGAUUCCCCACGACGAGAAGUUCAAAGAAGCCUGCUACCACUGGAAGAAGUAUCUCGAUGGCUACAUUUCCUUGGCCAAAGAGUGCAAUAUCUGCAUCGUUCCCGGCACAAUUGUUGAGCUGCACAACGAAAACAGAGAGGAUGAGCGGUUGCUGAAUGUGGCAUACUUCAUCACCAACACUGGUGAUAUCGCUGGAAAGUAUGUCAAGAAGAAUCUUUGGGGUCCAAUCGAGCGACUACACUUGACUUCCUCAUCUAUGGACGAACACCCAGUGUUUGAUACACCACUUGGCAAAGUCGGGAUACUGGUAUGCUGGGAUCUGGCCUUCCCCGAAGCCUUCAGAGAAAUGAUUUCGAAGGGAGCGAAGAUGAUCAUAAUCCCCACGUUCUGGACAUUAAGUGACUGCAGUAAGGCAGGUCUAGCCAUCAAUCCGAGCUCGGAGGCUUUAUUUUUGGAUUCGAUGUUGACGGCUAGGUGUUUUGAAAAUACUUGCGCAAUCGUCUUCGCCAAUGCCGGCGGUCCGCCAGGGAAAGGCUACGCUGGUCUUUCGCAGGUCUGCGUGCCAUACGCAGGAGCACUGACGAGACUCGGAAGUUGUGCGGAAGGCAUGGCGGUCGUCGACCUGGACAUGCAAAUCGUCGAAGACGCAGAAGAGAAUUAUCAGGUCCGAGCCGAUCUCGCGAGAAGUGACUGGCAUUAUGAAUACAGGCAUACCAGAAAAGAUGGGGGAGAGUCGAAGCUGUGA